AUGCCGGUAAAAGAGCUUAUUGUUACUAGCAGGGGCUCAGCACGGGGGAAAUUGGGAAGCGCGGGGACGAAAGAACCGUGUUGUCCAAUGGCGACUCAGAUCGCGCUCUGUACAGCCUACCAGAGAGGGAAGAGGCCGCUCUGCACUUCAGGUUGCUCCUGCGGGCUUAAGUCUCAGGGUUCUGUUCAAGCCUCAGGGCCGGGCGCGAAGAAAGCAGUUCUGGGGCCAUUGGUUGGAGCAGUGGACCAGGGUACCAGCUCGACACGUUUUUUGGUUUUCAAUUCAAAAACAGCUGAACUUCUUAGUCAUCAUCAAGUAGAAAUAAAACAGGAAUUCCCAAGAGAAGGAUGGGUAGAACAAGACCCGAAGGAAAUCCUGCAGUCUGUUUAUGAAUGUAUAGAGAAAACAUGUGAGAAACUUGGACAGCUCAAUAUUGAUAUUUCCAACAUCAAAGCUAUUGGUGUCAGCAACCAGAGGGAAACCACAGUAGUCUGGGACAAGCUAACUGGAGAGCCGCUCUACAAUGCUGUGGUGUGGCUUGACCUAAGAACCCAGUCUACUGUUGAGAAACUUAGUAAAAGAAUUCCGGGAAAUAAUAACUUUGUCAAGUCCAAGACAGGCCUUCCACUUAGCACUUACUUCAGUGCAGUGAAACUUCGUUGGCUCCUCGACAAUGUGAAAAAGGUCCAAGAGGCUGUCGAAGAAAAUAGAGCUCUUUUUGGGACCAUUGAUUCAUGGCUUAUUUGGAGUUUAACAGGGGGAAUCAAUGGCGGUGUUCACUGUACAGAUGUAACAAAUGCAAGCAGGACGAUGCUUUUUAACAUUCAUUCUUUGGAAUGGGAUAAAGAGCUCUGCGAAUUUUUUGGAAUUCCAAUGGAAAUUCUUCCCAAUGUUCGGAGUUCUUCUGAGAUCUAUGGCCUAAUGAAAAUCUCUCAUAGCCUGAAAGCUGGGGCCUUGGAAGGUGUGCCAAUAUCUGGGUGUUUGGGGGACCAGUCUGCUGCUUUGGUGGGACAAAUGUGCUUCCAGGAUGGACAGGCCAAAAACACGUAUGGAACAGGGUGCUUCUUACUGUGUAACACGGGCCAUAAGUGUGUAUUUUCUGAACAUGGCCUUUUGACAACCGUGGCUUAUAAACUUGGCAGAGACAAACCUGUGUAUUAUGCAUUAGAAGGUUCUGUAGCUAUAGCUGGUGCUGUAAUCCGCUGGCUAAGAGACAACCUUGGAAUUAUUAAGUCCUCUGAAGAAAUUGAAAAACUUGCUAAAGAAGUAGGUACUUCUUAUGGCUGCUACUUUGUUCCAGCAUUUUCAGGGUUAUAUGCACCUUAUUGGGAGCCUAGUGCAAGAGGGAUCAUCUGUGGACUCCUCAGUUCACCAAUAAAUGUCAUAUCUUUUGCUGCAUUAGAAGCUGUUUGUUUCCAAACCCGAGAGAUUUUGGAUGCCAUGAACCGUGACUGUGGAAUCCCACUCAGCCAUUUGCAGGUAGAUGGAGGAAUGACCAGCAAUAAAAUUCUUAUGCAGCUACAAGCAGACAUUCUGUAUAUUCCAGUAGUGAAGCCCUCCAUGCCUGAGACAACUGCUCUAGGAGCUGCCAUGGCAGCUGGGGCUGCAGAGGGGGUUGGUGUCUGGAGUCUUGAACCUGAGGAUUUGUCAGCUGUCACAAUGGAGCGGUUCGAACCUCAGAUCAAUGCUGAAGAAAGUGAAAUCCGUUACUCCACCUGGAAGAAAGCUGUGAUGAAGUCCAUUGGUUGGGUUACAACUCAAUCUCCUGAAAGUGGUGACCCUAGUAUCUUCUGUAGUCUGCCUUUGGGCUUUUUUAUAGUGAGUAGCAUGGUAAUGUUAAUCGGAGCAAGGUACAUCUCAGGUAUCCCAUAAAUAAUACCACCUCAUGGAAUCCCAAGAUGCAAGCCCUUUAACGUGAUAUGAAAAUCUGACUAUUCUGUUUCAUAAUCUAAUGAUACUAUUAAUAGACUCUGAUUUUUGCCCAUAAAGCACUCGCUGCAUGAUCCUCCAAGCAGACCUAUGGCUUGAAACAAAGAAAAUGCAGCAGAAAGAAUCCUCCAGAAACAUUUAAUAUUUUUUUUUGAUAUUGACAGUUAAGAUUGGGUCAGGGACCCCUGCCUCCACUCUCAUGCUGCCCUAUACUAUUCCCCUUAAGAUCUAGGAUGAAUUUGUAUCCUGUCCAUUGAAAUGUGUCAUCCAGUAUAUUCCAGAUGCUGCUGGCCUAGACGUGUCUGAGGAAGGGGUUGUUACUCACCUCUUCAAAAUGAGUGGAUUCCUGCUUGUUUGCUUUUAACAGCUCAGAUAUCUUUUCUACAUAUUAGAAGACCACACCACCACUGGAUAUUUCAAUGGAAACGUCUAAAGCAUUAUUGGAUAAUAACUUGCUAUUCUUGUUGCUUAGACAUUUUCUGUACAGUGUUUGCCAAAAUUGAAAAUUUUCAGGUGUUUUACACUGUCUCACUAAUUGUCACGGCUUCAUGGCUUUCUGUCUGGAUCUUACAGGGAUAGAUAGAAUACUUUCUUUUUCUGCUUUUUUUUUCAUUCCUCCUUUCUAUAUUUUUACUCUGUAUGUAUAACAUACAUACCUAUAUAUUUUAUAUGCUGAGGGUAGCCCAUUUUUAAAUUAAGAGCACAUUAUAUUCAGUAAGUUAUAAGAGGGCUGGUCUUAAGUGGACUACUAUGUAUAUAAAUUUGAGGAGGGCAAGCUGUACACAUUUUUGGGCAACGGUUAUGCAUAUUAUUUACCAGAAGAAAAUUUUCUUAUCAUGAAUUUGAAAUUUAAGUAUGUAUUCAGUAUCAAUAAAAUAAAAUGUACUAUAUUGUAAUUUCAACUAUAUUUCUUAUAUUCUACCAUUUAAUUAUCUCAGCUGGAAGAAAAGUAACUGUGGCAUGUAACAGUAAAUAUUCUUCUCAAAACAUGAUUCUAGUCCAAAUAAAAAUUUUUCUUUGAAUUUAUGUUUUCCAUAUUUGAGCUCCUAUUGAGGAAUUAUCAAAUUCAAAAGCUAAGUAGAAAAAUAUGUGUGAAUAAAGCCAAUAAUAUCUCCCAAAUGUUAUUACCCAUUAAUAAGAUAUUCUUAUUUUCUGGUAUGAUAUAAAAUUAUCUCUACUUAAUGUCAUAACUGGCCAAAAAAAACCCAGCUAUCAUUGCAAAUGCCUCCCAGUGAAACCAAUAACUUCUCAAAUAUUUAGAAUUAUUGGUUAUAACUCACUAACCUAGUUUCCUAACAUCAAUUUAAAAUGUGAUUUAUAGUAAAGAAAUAAAAUGAUGCUUUCUAAUUAUUUUGUUUUGUCCUUUUGGAAUGGAAAAUAUUGAUAUAUUAAUAGAAAAAGUUUUAUUUGGAAUUAAUGGUAGAUUAUAUUUCUUGUUCUGAUUGUGCUGCUCCUAAUGAUUGAAUUUGCUGGAUUUUUACUGAUACAGCUGCCACUUAAGUGACAUAAAUAUAGAAAGGUACUGUGAAAUUAUUAUGGCAGUGAUACUUUUAAGCUUAGCUAUAUUUCUACAAAGGCAGAUUGAGUUCAUUGUAAAUAAUUGUGUGAAUCACUGUUCCAGUAAUUUUAAAAUAACAUUAACUUUUCUACAAAAUGGAAGAUUUAUAAAUGUUGGAAAUUGUACCCAUUGACAAUUAAUGGUAAAUUUACUUAAAAUAAAUUUACCUCUUAUUUCUUAUUCGCAUUUCUCAUUUCCAGAUGAAAGUUCAGUAAACAGAGAUGUUUCAGCAGACACAAGCCACCUUUUAACACUUGUUCACAUGCACCGAGGAGAUAAUUAGCAGCAGAAGUGGUUUCUGGAAUGAUAAACACCUUUAACCAUUCAGAUAGAACAGACUAAACAGUUUCUACCUCAACAUUUUCAGAAAAUCCAUUUUCGAGGCCCAAGGCCAUUAUCAGUAGAGUCUUACUAGCUGAGACCAACAUAUCUGUAGGCUUCAUCUUACACCUCACCUCUGUCUACCUGAGUUAGUCAAGGAGGUCUGAACACGACUGCUAACACUAUUGCUCUUUCAUGGUAAUGCCAACAUCUCCACAUUUUGUUCUCCAAUUGAUCCAUAAAACAAAUAGUGCAUUAAUGCUUCUUCACUGGUAUUCUUGUUUUUUUGAGGCAGGGUCUUGCUAUGUAGUCCUGCCUGUCCUGUAACUCACUAUGUAUACCAAGCUGGCCUUGAAUUCAUAGAGUUCUGCCUGCCUCUGUUUCUUCCAACUGCUGGAAUUAAAGACAUAUGCCACCAUGCCCAACAUCAAGAGCGUCAAGUCUUUUUAAAAUUUUCUUGUGGAGUAUUAAAAUUAAGUAGCUUUUACAUUUUC